AGAUUUUAGGAAUGUAUUUAGAAAUCCUUCGUUAAAUAUCUAUUUUAAGCAGGACUAUAUGUUUGAUGUGCAGUGCGGAGGGGGACGAACAGCGCAGCCGUUAGUGAUGCAGCUGGUGUACGUCACGCGCUCUGUGUGCUCUACGUCAUGUUCAUGCGUCCUCGAACCACAACAACAACCCAGCUCUGAUGCCUGCUGUAAAUACAUUAUUAUGAUUCCUAUUCAACCUCAUUGAGGACAGUUAGAUCAUAUAAAUGGCGGCGGAGUAUAGACAGAUUAUAUUGUAAUUCGUAUGAUUAAAUAAGCAGGUAAUGCUGCAGUGAUGGAGAAUGAUGAAGAUCUGGAGACUCUGGGAGAGAAACUGUAUGAUCUGAUAUAUCCUAAAUACACUGAGAUGACACCUAAACUUACUGGUAUGUUGUUGGAGCUGCCGGUUUCUGUUGUAUCUCAGAUGUUGUAUGAUGAAGCUCUGCUGAAUAAAGCACUGGAAAGAGCACUGACCGCUCUCACAUCAUCGGACAACGGUGACCCCGUAUCGCACACUGAUGAUGCGGUGUCUGUGUCCUCCGACUCUCUGGGUGAACAGCUGUUUGACCUCAUUGACCUCUACAACACUGGACACACACAGAAAAUAACAGGCAUGUUAUUGGAGCAGAAGAAGGAGGCGGUGCUUCAGCUGCUAUCGGAUCAUUCGCUCCUCGAGGAACAAGUCAAGAUCGCCUUGAAAACCUUGCAGGAGCAGGGUGACGAGGCGACAGAUGUGAGUGACGGCUCUGAUCGAGAGGAAGUGGAAUCCAUUGGCGAGACGCUUUUCAAUAUUGUGCAUCAGUUAGACCCCACCCACUGCGCUGACAUCACUGGGAUGCUACUGGAAAUGGAUUCUGGAUCGCUGAAACAGAUUCUGUCCGACCGGAGCAUGUUGGAAGUCGCAGUUCAAAGAGCUAAAAGUGCACUGGAGGGCGCUUUGAACCCAACACGUACAGAAAUGUCAGAAUGAGGCUUGGAAUCUCUGCAGAACACGUGACUGCAAGGAACUUUAGGCCUAGAUUGCUGUAUUUUUUUACUUGCAUACAAGACAUUGUUUACAUGGACUUCCUUUUUAGGAUUUUUGCCACUUUUUUGAUAUGAAAAAAAGGGGGGGAUUGUGUCAGAAUACAUCAGAGGCUGGAUGCAAACCUCCUUCACCUGCAUGAGCACCUCAGCUAAAGGCAUCUAGAGCAUGUGCAUUAACCACUAGGUCAUGGCUUUUGACAUUCCAGGGGCGUCCACACAUUUUUACGAGCAUGCUUACAAUAUUUUGAUGAUUUGUGCAUUAAUCUGCUAUCAUUUCAAUUUUUCCCUAUUUAGUUUAGUUCAAAAUAAUAUAUUUGUCUGUAAAUAAUAAAAUAAUGAAAGGUUUCACGCUGUAGUUUUGUUUGAGAUUCA